CUUGUAGAGUUAUUGCACAUUGCAAUUUGGCAUAACAAUAAUAGUGUAACAAGCUAACAGCACUCACCUACUCCUACUGCUGCUAGUGCUGCUGCUGCUCACUCUCUUUCUGAUAUGACUGUACUUUCUCUCUGAAUCUCACUGGUUUUUGCAUUCUUUGUUAUGUUUGUUUUGUCUCUGCUUCUUCAAGAAGUUCACUUUCUUUCUUGUUCUUGAGUACGCACUUCCAUUUCAUUAUCUUCUUUUACUUCCAAAAGCUUUAGUUCCGCUCAUUUCAAGAAAUGCUUGAAAUGAUAGGUAUUUGUGGAAAGUUAUUCUUUUGCUAACCAUUUGUGUUUCCUUUACGUUCUUGUUCUCUAGGCUGCUUAACUGAAAAAAGAAAUGUAGAUUCUUGUGCUUGUUUCAUUUCUUUACUUCUUGCUGAUUUGCUUAGCUGCUUUUGUUAUUUAUGUUAGCUAUUGGGUUUCUAUUUUUCUUCUUUUUGUGACGUACUUUUUGUUGCAGUGAAUCUAUUAUUUCCAUUUAUGAGAAAAUGGAUUUAUGAAUUUAGCAGUUCUUGAGCUGUGAAGUUCAAUUUUAGUAUGUUUUAUUUUUUAUAGUCUUUGGUUCAAUUUAGUCUUCCACUACUCCUUACUUUUUGACCAAUGCAUUUGAGUUUUCCUGUAGAUUCGCGUAGGCUGUGAUUAUAUUGUUGAUUUGUUACUUGUAUAGUACUUCCUUCUUGCAAAUUGGGUCGAUUUCUUUUCCCCUCUCAAACUGGUUCUUUUAAUCCGGUUUGGUGUAUUCCCAUUAUCUCUCUCGUUGAAAUUUGUGAUUUUGGACCCUUGUUGAAGCAAUGCAGAUAACCAGUUUGAUGUUGUUCUUAUUAGUAGUGAAUGCUUUUGGACAAUCAGAUUUUGAAGCACUGUUGGAACUCAAAAAGGGUAUUGAGAAAGACCCAUCUGGGGAAGUUCUUGUUUCAUGGGAUUCUAAGUCUCUGGCAUCUGAUGGUUGUCCACUGAACUGUUUAGAGGUCUUUGAUGCCAGUAAUAACCAGAUAGCUGGUGAAAUACCUCCAUUUCAAUUUGUUGUCUCUCUUCGGAUUCUUAGGCUUGGAAAUAACCAGUUAACAGGAUCUCUUCCUGAAGCUCUUUUACAAGAUAAAUCAAUGGUAUUGUCUGAACUGGAUCUUAGCCUUAAUCGACUUGAAGGUCCACUUCGAAGUAUCACUUCUGGAACUCUGAAGAAUUUAAAUUUGUCUUCAAAUAAACUGUCAGGUUUCUUACCUGCCACUGUAGGAUAUUGUGCUGUUAUAGAUCUGAGUAAUAAUCUGUUUUCUGGGGUUUUGUCAAGAAUGCAGAACUGGGGAAAUUAUGUCGAAGUUAUCCAGUUGAGUAACAAUUCAUUGACAGGAAGUUUGCCUAACCAAACUUCUCAAUUCCUGAGGUUGAUUUCUCUCAAGAUAUCAAGGAACUCAUUGAAUGGUGAACUUCCAUUAGUGUUGGGUACAUACUCACAACUGAAAGUUGUUGAUCUUAGCCUUAAUAAUCUUAGUGGGUUCCUUCCUCCAAGCCUCUUCAACUCAUCAACAUUGACUGAUCUCAUCCUGUCAGCCAACAAUUUCACUGGGCCAAUCCCACUUCAGGAAAUACAAGUUUCCACCCAGAACCUUAACUUGCAGUCUCUCGAUUUGUCAUAUAAUUCCUUAGAUGGAAAUGUGCCCCUUCAAAUCAGCAAGUUCCACAACUUGGUGAUUCUUAACUUAUCCAACAAUAAACUCAAAGGCACCAUCCCAGGGGACCUUCCAGAUGGAUUGAAAGAAUUUAAUGUGUCUUCUAACAAUCUCUCUGGUGUGAUCCCUGAUAACUUAAGGCGGUUUCCUGAUUCAGCUUUCCAUCCUGGAAAUUCCCUGUUGAUUUUUCCUAAUUUGCCACUGUCGCCUGGGGGUGCUCCAGAGCUGUCUUCGAGGGAUCAUAGAUCUCAAAUGAAACCUGCUAUUAAAAUUUCUCUUAUAGUUGGUAUCGUUGGCAUUGCUGCUCUAAUAGCUAUUUCAUGCAUAAUGAUUCACUACAGGAAUCAUAGGCAGAAUAAAAAUCUUAGAAGUUUGAAAGGAGAUGAGGGAAAUGAAGCAGUUACACAAGAGCAUUCUUCCAUUUCUCAUACCCUAGCAAGUAACAAAAAUUUGGACCAAUCAUUAUCAUCAUCUAGUAUCCAUCAAAGUCUUCAUCCGUCAUCACAUGUAGGGUCAGCAUAUCAACCUGGGGACACAUCAUCAGCUAUAUGGAAGCCUAAUGAUCCGGAAUCAAUAAGGAAAUAUGAAGGAUUAUCUUCUCCCUUGUCUGUUUUGUCAUCUUCAAAUCCAUCACCCUCUAAAAGCCAGCUUUCAUCUGAAUAUCCUGGUGGUCUUCAGGUAUAUUCUCCAGAAAGAUUGGCUGGGGAUUUACAUUUGUUUGAUGGCUCCCUAGUGUUCACAGCACAAGAACUUUCACGUGCUCCAGCAGAAGUUAUUGGGAGGAGUUGCCAUGGUAGUUUAUAUAAGGCAACACUUGACUCUGGUAAUGUGUUGGCUGUAAAAUGGUUAAAAGAGGGAAUAGCCAAAGGGAAAAAGGAAUUCUCAAGGGAAGUAAAAAAACUUGGGAACAUCAGACAUCCAAAUUUAGUUUCUCUUCAAGGUUACUUCUGGGGCCCAAAGGACCAUGAGAAGAUGAUAAUAUCUAAAUAUAUAAAUGCACAAUGUAUAGCCUUCUAUUUUCAAGAUACAGAGCCAAGGAAACUCCCACCUUUAUCUCUCGAUAAUCGGCUCAACAUUGCUGUUAAUGUUGGUCGAUGUCUGAACUACAUGCACAAUGAGAGAGCAAUACCCCAUGGAAAUCUCAAAUCCACAAACAUUUUAUUAGAACCUCCAAACAUGAAUCCAUUGCUUACAGAUUACAGUCUCCACCGCAUACUGACAUCAGCUGGCACAGCAGAACAAGUUUUAAAUGCAGGUGCUCUUGGUUACCGACCCCCCGAAUUUGCUAGCUCCAGUAAACCCUGCCCAUCAUUAAAGAGCGAUGUCUAUGCAUUUGGGGUUAUUCUGUUGGAGCUCCUAACCGGAAAAUGUUCAGGAGAAAUUGUUUCUGCAAACCCAGGAGGAGUUGAUCUGACAGAAUGGGUAAGGUUAAUGGCUGAAGAAAACCAUUCAGACAAGUGCUUUGAUAAACUGCUUGUAGAUGGACCAAAUGUAGAGGCACCCAGGAUUCUUGGAGAAAUGCUGCAAGUGGCUUUAAAAUGUAUCCUACCAGCAGCUGAGAGGCCUGACAUAAAAUCAGUUUUUGAAGAUUUGUCUAUGAUAGUUUUAUAAAAGGCCUCUCUUCAAGACAUUCUAACUGCAGCCUCUGUCACUAACCCCUUUUUCUUCUCCAUUUAUUUAUUGAAGCUUCUAAUUUGUUUCUUUACAAUGUUAAUGUUUUGAAUCUGCUCUUGGUCCUGUGAAUAAUGCCAUUGGAUAGGGUAUUGUUAGCUAGUGGGAAGGAAAUAAAUUUUCCUUUUUUUCUUUUUUAGAUUGUUGGGUUAAUUCAUUCUUUUUAGCCCUUUCCUGUAAUGUAAUCUCCAUUGAUGAUACUUUUACCAUUCAGAAAGAAUAUUCAUUGAGGCCUAUAUUUAAGAUUACA